AUGACGAUGCCCCAGCUCGGGGUGCAUCCGCUGGGGCAGGCUUCGCCAGAGACCCUGCCCGAGGAGGUCGACGCCGCCUCCACCGGGCAGGUCCUGAAGGCCGAGGUCGCUGCAGGCGGCAGCGACACCGAGCGCACCGCGCAGCUCGGCAGCGGCCCGCUGUCGCACGGCGGCGCAGGCAAGGACGACCCCGACCAGACGAUGGCCACCGAGCUCUCCACGACCGUCGGCAGCGUGCCGGAGGCGGCCAUCCCGGGGGCGGCCGAGCCGCCCGAGCCGGAGCUGCCGGGCGAGUCCUCGACGACGCUCGUCUCCGUGGCCGAGGCCGCCCGUCUGGCGGAGGAGCCCGCCCCGGCCGAGGAGGAGCCGGCGCAGAGCAGCGCCGACGUCCUCAGCGGCCUCGUGGAGAGGGCGGAGGACGGCGACCAGGACGUCAUGCUCCAGCUCGUGAGGCAGAUCCUCGUCAUCCACAAGCAGACGGGCAUCCACUGCACCGUGUUCGCGGCCUCGUGCGCCGAGCAGUGGACCCAGCUGACCGACGUGAGGGCGGUGAUCAAGAGGGGGCAGGAGGCGAUGGAGAAGGGGUCCAAGGAGGCGAUGGUCUGCAAGUGCCUGGCACAAGCCGUGGCGCAGGCAGCGUGCCUGGCCACCCUCGCCCCGCGCGAGGUCGGAGAGAAGAAGGGGCAGGGGCAGCAGUGCGGAGCGGAGAAGGAGUCGGAGGGGACCGGCCCCGGCGACCCCGACGCCGGCGGCGUGGGGGAGGCGAGGCCCGACGAGGGCGAGGAGGGCGAAGAGAGCGAGGACGGCGAGCACAAGGAGCUCCUGCGCACGCUGAGCGCUGCCAACGAGGGCGGGGCCGCCGGCGAUUUCGAGGCGCACAUCGCCGAGAUCGUCCGGCUGAGCAGCGAGUUCGGAGACCGACCCAAGGACGUCGCCGACGCCCUCGUCAACGAGUGGACGGGCGACCUUCGGGAGAAGGUCAAGACGCUCAAGAGCCUCGCGUUCGACAAGGAGUCGCAGAAGGAGCAGCACACGGUGCGCAAGGUGCUGGUCGGCGUGCUGCAGGGUGAACGACCCGGGAGAGCAUCGGCCGCACGGUGCAGGGAGGGUGCGACAACCGGGAGCCAGGAGGACCGGCUGCUGGAGCAGGAGACCAAGGAGUACCACGAGGCGCUGGCCCGGGAGAAGGCCGACGCCCUGGCCUCCACGGCGGGGCGGAGGAAGGCCGCCGGCGCGGCGCUGUCGGCCGUGCGGCAGAAGCGCCUGGGGGCCUCGUCGUGAGCGGCCGUGGCCGAGGAAGCGCUGGACGACGCCCCACCUCGUGUCAAGCAGUGGCGAAGCGUCCUGGCUCGCCCUUAGCCCUGCCAAGCAAUGUUCUAAGGACCUUUUAUG